AUGGCUCCAUUCAUAUCAACCGAUGCGGGCCUUUCAAAGUCCAUCGACAAUAACGACCGGCAAGAAUAUUAUUCAUCUGGGCUGCGUGCGCGUUUUCUUAUCGAUGCCAACAAAGCUUCCCAGGUGAUCAAUCAAGAACCAGAGCCUACUGCAGAUAUUGGAUAUUAUGUCAACGAAGAAGCUUUCAAACGACGAUCCCAGAAGAGCCUGGCCCGCAGGGAUCUUUUAACCACUGUGCCGCAUGGGUGGCCCUUAAAGUUGGAAGGAACGGGUCUUCAAAGCAACCAAGUCUCGCGUAACACUUUUCCUCUACCUAAUCUCGGCAAGAAGUUGGCUGAUAUAUGUUACGAUAUUUAUGAUGGGAGAGGUUUCGCUAUUCUACGGGGGCUUGACCCCGAUGUUUACGAUAUUGAGGAUUUGACUGCUGUGUAUCUUGGGGUGUCCAGCUACAUUGGCGAGCGCCGGGGCAAGCAAGAUCAGAGAGGCUCAAUGCUGAUGCACGUCAUCUGUCGCAAUGAUGAAGACCGCGACGUUCGUUAUACUGAAGACAAGCCAUUCCACACAGAUACGGUGACUGACUGCUUGUGUCUAUUUACACAAAGUCUCGCCGCCGAUGGUGGUCGAAGUGUCAUCACUUCUGCUUGGACUGUAUACAAUGAGCUUGCAUCAACACGUCCAGAUCUAAUCCACGUUUUGGCUGAGGGCAACUGGCCAUUUGAUACCUUCGGACGAAACCCAUCGUACUACAAGCGGCCUCUGUUCUUCUAUCACAAGGAGAAGCUCAUCGCCUCGUUUUCACGUCGAUUGCUUGUCGGGCAUGAGCCUUAUGACAAGCGGACCCCUGGAAUCCCCGGACUCACAGAGAAGCAGGCAGAGGCCCUUGACGCAGUUCACUUCAUUGGUAGAAAGCAUGAGAUCAAGCCUCUUAUGGAGAAGGGCGACCUGAGAUUCAUAAACAACAUGGGAGUGCUCCACCGGAGAGAGGCAUUCCAGGACAGCGUGGCUCGUGCUCGACAUCUUGUACGCAUCUGGCUUAAUAACGAGAUGAUGUGCUGGAAGUUACCACGAGAACUGCGCGUUGCUUGGGCACGAGUCUUCGAGGACGAUGAGCGCGAGUCUCACUGGGAUAUUGUGCCGCCCCGCGAAGGGGGUAAGGUCUUACGGGUAGCUGGUACUUGUGACUGA